UUUCGACUGAACAGUCAAGGUCACGUUUUGAUUAGAUGACAUGUCAUUUUUGAAAAGAAGGUUCUGGAAAUGAUUUUUAAACAACGGAUUUAAUGUCAAUAAAAGGAAAAAUUACAUGAAAUGGAGAAUACAAAUGUUCAUAGACGUGUUAAAGAUAAUUCAGGAGUGUACCGUUUCUCUUCAGAUAGUAUGAAAGAAGAUGAGAAAAAAAGCUCCCGUGAUGACCUGCAUGGAAGUUUUUCAAAACCUCCGAGGCCACUGCCUGUCCAACAAGGUGGACGAGUCAAGGAUAUGGCGUUCUGGGUCGCAGUCAUCUUAUCUCAAGUGUUCGGUCUCCUCUGCAUCGCCCUGGUGAUUCGUUGGUGUCAAAUGUACGAGGGCUUCGGUUGGGAAGACCCCAAACAGCAGUUUUACUAUCAUCCCCUGCUGAUGGUACUGGGUUUAGUCUUUUGCUAUGGAGAUGCUAUCAUCAUAUACAGAGUCCUCAGUUUCAUGCCAAAAUGGAUUCUGAAGAUCAUCCAUGCCACGCUGCACAUUUUUGCCAUUCUUUGCUCGUCCAUAGCGCUGGCUGCCAUGCUCGAGAACCACAGACGAACAAAUAAAGCUGAUUUCUAUUCUUUACACAGCUGGAUAGGAAUAGCUACUUUUGGCAUGUUUGGUCUCCAAUAUCUUGGCAGUUUUGUCACCUUCAUGCUUCCCUGGGUACCUAAUGUAUGGCGAGCCAGGAUAAUGCCAUUCCACACAUUUUUUGGCGUAGGUUUGUUCGUUCUGGCUGUGGCAACGGCUGAAAUGGGCCUUACCGAAAAAUUGAUUUGGACAGACAACUAUACAACUAAUAAAUAUGUUCCAAAAGCAGUUGUGGGGAAUUCCUUAGGAUUGUGCCUUGUUGUGUUUGCAUUUUUGAUAGUAUUUAUCACAACCCACGCAGCUUACAAGAGAAGGCCGCUUCCCGAAGAACUGCCAGCAAUGUCUACAAAUUAAUAACUAUGUAGAACAUCAAAUCAAAAUGAACUUGGUGCACCACAUAUUUGUAUUUUUUUAGAAUUAAGAAUGCUUAUAUUUUUUACAUGAGCCUUUUGUAUAGUUUUCAAACAGAUAGUGAUUGUUUCUGCUUGUUUUUUUAAAUAAACAAAAAAUUAACUUUU